AUGCGACGUACACCCACACCCCGGCGAGCCAGGGGGAAGAGCCAGCCUAAGUCGAGGCCAGCGCAUCGCCCAAGAGCGCAGACUCCCCGAAGGAGCAGCACCCCAGUGGGGAAGCAGUCUGGGGCAGAGGCCCCAGCCCCAGCGACCCUUCCUGAAGUCUCCCAAAAAGCCGUGCCGUCGGCCACACCCCCUGCCGGGCCCGCCGGCCCUGCCGACCCGGCCCCCAGAACGGGAUGCAGCCCAAGCACUUCCAGCAAAGAAGUGCAGGCGGAGGCGCCGAACACCUCCAAAGUAGAGACGAAAGCUGCACCUGGUCCGAGCGAGCCUCAAGCACAGGAGGCAGCCGCGGCCUCUCAAGUUGCACCAGACGGCAACCAAGAAGUGCAAGGCGUCCGAGAGUUGCCCCAGCUUCCGGCUGCAGAUGCAGAUGCAGAUGCACCAAAGCAGGCAAUACCAAAAGCGCCAGAAGUUCCGAAGCCCAAAGCUGCCCCAGCUCGGAAGUAUUCUACCCCACGGCCAGAUCUCAAUAAGGAGCACCAGCAGGGUCCGGAGUCCUCCGCACCCAAGGAUCGGCCCGAAGGGGAGCCGAAGAGCGACGCAGAACCCUCUGCAGAGAAGAGUGUCAGCAAAGCUCUGGACACUGCACCCAAUCCUCCGCAGAGACGCACCCGCUCGUUUGAGCCCAUCGCACCUACUGCAGGAACCGCACCACUCUGUGCGCCGGUUUCCGUCACGUUGCGAACCGCAGGGCUUGGCAAGAGCGCCGAUGCUGCCGCUGAUGUCCAGAAGAUCACCGUCGCUGCGCCCUCGCCUGCCAAGGCCAAGGCCUUCGCCCGAACGCCAAACGGAGACCAUCCGCUUGGUGCACAAGAGGAGACUCCCAGAAGAGCAGAAUCCAAUGACAGCUGCAAGAGCGAGAAGCUAGCAAUCCCCACCAAGAACAAGGAACGGCUAGGCAUGCUGCAAUGUGGCGGCUGCAAGAGAGCGCCUGUCAGAUCUUCGUGGCGGGAAGGCUUAGGAGGUGCGGUGGCGGUGCCAACAUUGCCCACCAGCUGGGCAACUGACCUUCCUGAUUCGGGCAUCGAAGCAGGUGCAAUAGCCGACUGGAUGGAGGGACGCUUGUCAUGGCAUGGCUGCUUCUGCCGAAUUCUGGAUGCUUUGCGAAGAUAUACCCCAGACGAGGGAGAGGGAGCUGGCAAGGUUGCUGAGGACGCAGCAGCAGACAUGGGUCGGCAGGCAGAAAAGGUGCUUGCAGAGCACAUCGAGCUGAUGUCGCAGUCGUCCUUGCUUGCGCUCUUGGCCGGCGGUGCUCCUUCCAUGCGCUCAGAUGCGAGGACUUUGGAAGGGCUUUUGCCUGCUCAGCCCAAGGAGAAGCCGGCACAGGCGCUCGCAAAUGCUCAUCAAUGGUUCAUCGGCGGCAUCGGCCUCGGACCUGGCGGCAUGCGGGACCCCGGUGGUGGAAGCCUGCAGAUGGCACUGGCCUUCCGCCGCCUACAGCUUCGGGCCCACCCCGCUGCAGACGGCUCGCAGCAAAUGCUGCUGGAUGCGAGCGUCUUCUUGGAGACUCUUCGAGCUGCAAGUCUCGCCCAAUGCGGAUGUCGUCUUCCGCGACACGACGAUGUGGGCAGAGAGAUGACUGAUCAGGAGCUGUUACUGCUGCUGGAUAUCAAGAGUCGCAGAGACGAUGGUGCCUUGGAGACUGAGGGAUUCCUUGAAGGCGCAAAAGCUCAGCGCCUUGCUGCUUAUGCACGUGCCCUCGGAGAAAUUCGCACCGACCUCAAAGCGCUGCAAAAGGUUCUAUCCUUGGACAAUGCCAGGCAGCUGCUUGGACUCAGCCACAGCGCGUCCACGGAGGAUUUGGCCAAGGCCUACCGCCGGAAGGCUCGGGAACUGCAUCCAGACAGGCAGGGCGAGACAUCCACAGGAGCAUUUCAAGCGCUCAGAGGAGCCUACGAGCUGCUUCAGUCGCACAAAGAUGGUAUCGCGCGGGCCUCUCAAGUGGACGUGGUGCCGCAGAUUGGGCCUGGCGAGACUGUGGUCCGGGGCGUGGAGUUCAAGCUGCCGAAGCACUCCGGCGCGGAUGAGCUGGCUCUAAAAGCGGAUCUGGUCCUGCGCUCGGCCCAGGCCUUCGGAGAUAUGCAGCUCUUGAUGCGGAAGCCACCCUCGCGUGCUGCCCCCCGGGCCCAGACCGUGCCUGGCCGAAGGACGUUAGAACCAGUUCCUGAAGCUGAUCCACAAGAAGAAAAUGAAGCAGCCGAGUCAGGAAAGCCGGCCCAGCCAGAGAAGCCUGGCGGAGCCGUGUGGCGUGCCAGCAGUCGCAGCGGGCGCAGUCGGCUGGCGCUUCACUGUGCAGGCACUGUCAACAUGACCGCGGAGGAAGCCGCACGUGUGGGGAUGAGCGCGUCCGCAACGCAAGCACAGGUCUUGCCUUUGCUGCUGGCAGUGCUGGACGUAAGUACCACUAUGCCGGAGGAGCUCUUUGGUAAUGUGACGAGGAACGCGAAGAAGUGCAUGUCCCAGAUGAAGUCAGCCCUCUCUCUGGGAAACGAAGCGUGCGACAUUGGCUGGAAGGCGAGCAACCAAGCCAUGGAGUACUCGGACAGCGAGGCCUUCUGGGAGCCUCGGGGGGAGUCCGGCAAGACCUUGGGCGACGAGGUCAUGGAGAUGGCCAGCCAGGCCGCGCUCAACUGUGCUGCCGCAGUCAUGGUGCUCAGUGACGGCUUCGAGGCCGCGCAGCGCCUUGCUGCGUCGCUGCAGCAGGCGCUGAACGUGAGAGCAAAAACCAUGGGUGACGAGUGGCCCGAGCGCAAGCGCAGGGAGGAGAAGCCAGAGCCGGAGGGCAACACGGAGGCGGAGAAGCGCCUUCGGCUCCAUCGCAUGGCCGGCGACAUCUUCUCCUCGAACCUGGAGAUGCUGCAGUGGCAGACGGAGCUCCGGGAAGCAGUGCUGUGCCGUCCCCACCUCCUGAAUCCGGUGUCCGUCUGGGAGAAGGAGGCCCUGUUCUGCCUGGCCUCGGAGGUGCUCGAGGGCCUUCAAGGCCGUCUCAGCGAGGUCGAGGUGGAUCAGGGCAUGGAGCCGCUGGAGGCCGUCUUCUCCGUAACCUUCGCCGCCGCUUCUUUUCGCGGCGUUGCAUCUCCUCCAUCAAUAGAGGCUCGUUUGCUGCGACUGGCUGCUCUCGUUCAUGCUGCCCUCCUUCGCAAGAUGCUGGAGGAGUUCUUCAGCACCUGCUUGAGUGAUCUAGGCAGCAGAGGCCACCCCAUGCGAAUCGUGGAAAUCUUGCGGCGUCGUUGCAAUGCUGCCUUGGCUGAGUUCACAUGGCUUCAGGCGGACGCCCCCGUGCGGACGUACAUCGACAGCUAA